AUGUCCUCCCAGAGUUUCUUCAUCACUGGUGUAUCUGCUGGCUUCGGCGCGGAAAUCGCCAUUGCAGCGCUGAAAGCUGGACACAAGGUCGUUGGAACAGUCCGUAACCGAAAGCGUGCGGCAGAGAAUGUUCAGAGAAUCGAGAGUGCAGGCGGCAAGAUUUUGGAACUCGAUGUUACGCAAGCAGAAGCGUGUACCAAGGUCUGGCAAGAGGCAGAGCAGAUCUAUGGCCACAUUGACAUCCUCUGCAAUAAUGCGGGCAUGUCUUAUUUGGGUGCUCUUGAAGACUUUACCGACGAGGAAGCGCGCUCUCAGAUGGAGGUCAAUCUCUAUGGUCCCCUCCGUCUCAUUCGAGCCGCCCUCCCCAGCUUCCGCGCCCGCAAGUCCGGCACGAUCGUGAACAUCACAUCCAUCGCCGGCAUCGACGGUCUACCUUCCUGCUCCCUCUACGCCGCCUCAAAAUUCGGUCUCGAAGGCCUGUCCGAGUGCCUUGCGCGCGAAGUCGCAGACUACAACAUCCACGUCCUGAUCGUCGAGCCCGGAGCUUUCCGCACAAACUUCUUAGGAGCCUUCGUCACCAACAGCAUGGAGACUUUGGAUGCAUACCCGGCCGCGAAAAAUGUGAUCGAUCGCUUCCGGGAUGUUCAUGGAAAGCAGCCGGGUGAUCCUAUCAAAGGCGCAGAAGCGAUUGUGCAGGUUGCGGCUGGGACUGGUGAGGCGGGGGGUUUGAAGGGGAAAGUGCAGAGGUUGCCGCUUGGUCCGGAUUGUUAUAAGAGGUUUGAGGAGAAGGUGAAGAAGUUGGGGCAUGAUUGGGAGGCUGUGAGGGAGGUGGCUUUGAGUACGGAUGGUGUGUAG